GAAGUGGUAUCCUAGACAAAUUAAUAUGAUUGAGAAUAUAUGAGUUUAGAUAUGUAUUUAUUAUUUUUUGUCAGUAUUAUUAUUAUUUUUUUUUUUUCUUCACACUCCAUACCAGUUGGUGGCGGUAAUGCCCAAAUCGAUUGCUAACCGCCAAUAAGCCUCAAAGAAGAAGAAGACUUCGCCGGGCGGGCAAUUUGAGCGGAUUGCUGUUGUGUUACUCGUGUGGCGAUACAACUCUAUCGAUUGUAAAGUAAAUCCAACGAUAAUCGGUUAUUUCACCAGGAAAGGAGUCAGUAUGAACGAAGGGACGCUUCAAAACAUAAUGGCGGAACCUAAUAACCCUAACGGCUGGCAGAGAAGACGGUCACCGCGGUUGAGUUCUCCUCAGGCUAACGUUAAAACUGGCAACAACAUGGCGCUGGCCUCCGUCGCUGUUAAACGUUCCAUCACGGUGAGAAAAAUAGCACCCAGAAAAACAGUUGCACCGUCGGAGCACAACAAGGAGAACACACUGAGACGGUCGGGGUCGGAAAGCAGCCAAAAGAAGAAGCCGAAUGUAUCCACCCUUGAUCCUGUCCCAGACCGUAGGAGCUCCUCCACGGCCAAGAAAAAGCAGAAGGCCGCUAUUCUCUCACCGAUCCUCCCCUCCUCACCGCCGCCCCCUCCUCAUCCCCAACAGCCGGCAGUGGAUCCAGAGGACGCGGUCUGGUCCCAGAAAGUACGCCGCUCCUACAGCAGGCUCAGUGAGAAGUCCUUCAACAGCCCCGACUCCCGGGAGACCAUGUUCGGCUUUGAGAAGCUGACCCCCGAGGUGGUCCGGAGAGUCGAGCGACCCAAGACAGGUCUGGAGGUUUCUGGACCCUUGUCUGGUUUGAACUCAUUCACGUCUUUGCUUGAGGCGGAUGAUUGUGGUUCAACUUUCGCCAAACCGGACCAAAACAUCCCUGGAGUGGCCUUGGUGAAGGAGAAGAGGAGGAAGAGGAAGAAGGUCCAGCAGAUAGGCACCACAGAGCUGGACGCACUGGCUGCCCAGAUGAACGCAGAGUUUGAGGAGGCAGAGGACUUUGAGUUGAUCGUGGAGUAACGUUAAAUAAUGUGACUGACAGACUGAAGAAAUCUAUUGCAGCAUGUUUUGUCUCUGACAUGCUGGGAAAACACUGACUCUGGGAGGACAACACUCCUCUGUGUGCCUCAUACUCAAAAGAUUAACUUUUUUUGUAUAUUUCCUGCUCUAUUGUAAAUUCAGAAUUUCUUUUGGAGUUUCAUAUGUUCGGUUGUUCCUAAUGUGUUGUUUAAGUCAUCAUGUGGUCAAGAUGACCAGUAGACAAGUAAAACCUAAAGCAUGUUCGUUGUGCAUGGUUGUAUUGGUUAUUAUUGAAAACAUACAGCUUUUUUUGGAAGAGAAAAAAAACAGCAUUUUGUAAGUUUGUUUUUAAAUAGGCUUUGACUGUUUUAAUUUAAUUUGUAUUCCCAAACUGGUUGUGCACAUGAUACAUAGACAGACAGUUUAAUAUGGAUUGUAAUCACACGUGGAAGCUGUAGAUUGUAAACUUUGAGACAUUUUUUGCAGGGUAGGAUCUGAGAGAUAGAAAGGGACAAUUUUCUAUCAGGAGAAAAACUGAAUAGACUGAAUUGGGAUUUUGUAUUUCUUCAUAAUAUUUGAAUCACUGAAAAACAACAAAUGUGGGCAGCAGUUAAGAGGUCUGUAACCAGGAUACUACCCUUUAAUGAUGUUCUACAUCCACAUAUAAGUGGUAUACAAGGUCAGAAUAAGACUGUAGACAGCACCAAUGAUGUUCUUAGACUGUACACUUUAUGCUCUCUUUUCUUAAACAUAAAAGCAAAUCCAUUUUAAUUUUUGCUAAUGCUUCCCUGUAAAUGUAAAUAAAUAUUCAACCAAAUCUCCA